AUGGCCCAAGAAGAAAUGAAGGUCGACGAGGGCUACUCAGGAGGCUCCGAGGAAACGAGAAGUCUAUCCGACAGCGAUUCUACCAUGCACAUCGAUCCCGUCGACGGUCAUGUUUCAAAGUCAUCCACACCCAACUUCGAGUCGAUGCUUUCGGGCGUCCUAGGCCUGCCCCCGGCCCAAAGAUCAGCCUUCAUAGCCUCUCUGCUGCAACUGCUACCAGAGUCUGAGCGAUAUGAAACCGCCUACACAGCUCUGCGCUCGCUGCGCACUUCGUCCAUCGCAUCCAUAGUCGAGCGCCUCAAUCCCCUCCUUCAUCUUGAUCCAGUAGUCUUCCUACCGCCCGAAAUUACCUCCCAAAUCUUCCUCCACCUCUCGCCCUCCGAUCUCCUCCGAUGCUCGACCGCUUCCCGGCUCUGGCGCGAACGGGUCUUGGACAGCACUCUGUGGAGGACCUUCUUCGCCCGCGAAGGAUGGAUGCCAGAUCUUGCAGAAGUCAGGAGUGGCGAAGCUGCUGAAGCCAGACGCCGCGUCCUGUCGCGCAGCACUCCCCAAAAGCCUCCUAGAAGGAAACCUGAUGGUGAACUCGAGAGAAGUGGUAGCAUCAAAAGAGCAAAGGAAACCGUCAACGGAUGGAAUGAACAACACAGUACUCUCGAGGCCGACGAGGAUGCUAUUUUGCAGGAUCCAGAAGAUGGUGCUGCUUCACUGUCUGCCAUGAGCCUCGCUUCCGAAGCCGAUUACCUUGACAUCAUACCCGGAACGGACCUCUCUUCAAACUUGCUUCCCCAACUCUCCCCAUCGCUCUAUAACACAUACGCUUCUGCGCCACGCAUCAACUGGUUAUACCUCUACAAGCAGCGGCGCCGGCUAGAAGACAAUUGGAACAAGGGGCGAUACACGACAUUCCAGCUGCCACAUCCUGAUCAUCCCGACGAAGCUCAUGAUGAGUGCGUCUACACGAUACAGCACUCGCGUGACUGGCUAGUAAGUGGUAGUCGCGACAAGACCAUUGCCAUUUGGGAUCUGGAAACUCAGAGGCGUGUGAGGACUCUCUCGGGAGCUCAUAUUGCGUCUGUGCUGUGUCUGCAGUUCGAUGAGCGUCCGGACCAAGAUAUUGUGGUUUCAGGCGGAAGUGACUCCUUUGUUGUCAUCUGGCGCUUCUCGACUGGUCGCAUCAUUCGCAAGAUGGAUGAAGCACAUACUGAAUCCGUACUCAACCUACGUUUCGAUGACGACCUGCUGAUAACCUGCUCCAAGGAUAAGACCAUCAAGAUCUGGAAUCGUAGAGAACUCUUUUUGGAUAACGAUCUCGUUCCGGCGGUCGCGAAACGUCAGCUUGAAAUCGGCCAUCCUAUGAACCCUAUCAAGGAGUACUCACUGCUACUCACACUCCUCGGCCAUGGUGCAGCAGUCAAUGCAAUUCAAAUGCACCAAGGUCAGAUUGUUUCCGCUUCCGGAGAUCGAACCAUCAAGCAAUGGGACAUCAACACUGGUAUAUGCACAAGGACGUUUACCGGUCACACCAAAGGCAUUGCCUGUGUGCAGUACGAUGGUCGCCGCAUCGUGAGUGGCAGCAGCGACAACACUGUCCGUAUUUUUGACGCAGCUACGUCUGCAGAAGUUGCUUGUCUACCCGGCCACAGUAACUUGGUGCGUACUGUCCAGGCUCGCUUUGGUGAUAUGGCUAUCUCAUCGGAGGAGCUCGAAGCCGAUGCACGUGCUGUCGAUGAGAGAUUCCAUGACGCUCGCAUGAAUGGUUUGAACCCUGAUCAGAAUAGAGUCCGGGGCCAGCGCAACGCUGGCUCGAGCAACCCCAACGAGGUAUGUGCCGUUGGUGCGAAGAUUCCGCCGGGAGGUGGUGGUAAUGCCUGGAGCCGCAUCGUAUCAGGCUCCUACGAUGAGACGGUCAUCAUUUGGAAGAAGGACUCUGACGGUAAGUGGGUUCCGAGCAGAAGAUUGCGGCAAGACGAGAUUCUUCAAAAUAGACGGAGGUCUCGGGUGCAAGCUGCAGCUGCUGUCCAGCAGGUAACGCAACAGCCACGCCAGAACAGUGCAGACGAGCAAGAUACAAAUGUACAGCCAGCUCAGUCCACUCUCUCGGUCUCGGCGCCGGUCCAAGAUGCACAGCUUCAACAAGACCUCCAACAGCUGGCCCAAAUAAACAUGCAGCAACAAGCCCAACAGCAUGCACAGAACCACGCCGGCCCGGCUGCUCCACCUGCUAAUCACCACCAUCAUCAUCACGGUCACCACGGAGCUGCUGGACACCACGGCCGUCAUCGUGUCAGAGAAGACAGCAACCGUGUUUUCAAGCUUCAAUUCGACAGUCGACGUAUCGUGUGUUGUUCGCAGAACAGAGUCAUUGUAGGCUGGGACUUUGCUGCUGGCGAUACCGAUCUCGAACAAGCGAGUCGUUUCUUUGGCGAGACGGAUUAG